GUUUUUCUUUCUUCUUCCCCACCGCCGUUGGUUUCUUCUUUCUCGCGUCUCGUUUUGCUCGUGCCUCCUUUGUUGCGUUGCGCCCGGCCUCGUCGUAGACAAGCCGGGGGAAUCUUUUUCACAUCCCUGUUGCUGCUUGUGCGUGGUCACAGGUCACAGGCGAGGCGAGUGAGAACACGCGUCCGCUCCCAUCUCCCACCUUCCCCCUUCUCUUCUUCGCUCCUUCUCUGCCGCUGCUUUUUACGGUUCGUUCGUUUGGGUGGGUGGGUGGCUUUGCUUGCCUGAAAAGCUCGUCCGGGGAAAAGGUUUCCUCUUCCGGGCUUCACCUAGGUCGCUUCCACUGAUCCAACUGCCAUCCCCCACGUCCCACCCACCAACUCCGCUGCUAGCCCGCCAGCUGCUGCCGCCGUUCUUGGCGCUACGCCGCUGGCUCUUUUCUGCUCGGCCGUGUUCGGCUUCCUCUUCCUCUCUAAAAGGUUUCUCCUCCUUUACCUCCCGACGAGAAAGCGACACAAACUUAUCUUUUGGGGUGGUUCAGUCAAUGCUUUUGCUUUCUUCCUCAACCUUCUCCCGUUUCAGUUUCAACCUGCUCCCGUAGCUUCCGGCCUCUUGUUUACGCACGCUGUUUCAAGUUUCGACUCCCCCGCAGGUAGGAACAGGAUCGGUCGUCGCGCCAUGGGGCGCGCCAUGCGGUGGCUCAAGAAGCUGCUCACCGGCGGCGGCGGCAAGAAGGAAGGGGCCAAGGACCAGAGCGCCGCCGCGCCGCCGGUCGAGAGGAGGAGAUGGAGCUUCGCCAAGGCCAGGAGCAGCGUCGCCGACGCCAGCCGCAGGCCUUCCGUCACCGCCGUGGUCGCCGGCGAGCUCUCUCAGUCUCAGGCGAGGCCGUGCGGGUGCGGCCAGGCGCGCGAGACGGAGGCCGCCGUCUUGAUGCAGAAGGCGUUCAGAGGGUACCUGGCCAGGAAGGCUCUCCGCGCCCUCAAGUCGCUGGUGAAGCUGCAGGCCCUGGUGCGCGGCUACCUGGUGCGGAAGCAGGCGGCCACGACGCUGCACCGGCUGCAGGCGCUCAUGAGGCUGCAGGCCUCCUCGCAGGCCCUCAAGAACCUCUCCUCCCGGAGGUCCAUCCAGCAGGAGCGGAAGACGUCGGUGCCGGUGGCGCACCGCCGGAGGCUGUCGGAGGGCGGCGCCGGGGACGACCGCAGCCCCCGGAUCGUGGAGAUGGACACGUGCCAGCUGCGGUGCCGGUCGUCGCGGAUCGCGGGCCGGUACGCGGCCGCCGACCCGCAGGCGCCGCCGAUCUCCUCGCCGCUCGCCUACUUCUGCAAGCCGCCGUCGCGGCUGCAGGUGCGGGAGCUGGAGCCGCGGCAGCCCAAGACGACGCAGAACACGCCCCGCCUCCCGGCCAUCGUGCCCGGCGGAUCGCCGGCGAAAGCCCGGCCCUCGUGCGGCGGCGGGGGCGGGCGGGAGUCGAGCAGCCCGCGGUACAUGGCGGACACGGCCUCGUCCGUGGCGAGGGGCCGGUGCCAGAGCGCGCCGAGGCAGCGGCACGGCAGCAACAACCCCGCCUUGGCGCGCGGCGGGUCGAGGAAGGCGGCGCCGCAGCCGCAGUCGCAGGACAGCUUGAGCUUCAAGAGCUCGGAGGCGUGCAGCCGCGUGGAGGACUACUCCGAGAUGAGCGACGAGGUGACCAGGGACUACUACCUCGACCAGCUCUGGUGAUGAUCGUCCGGCGCCAUUGUAGUCGCUCGGUAUAUAGUUAGUAGGAGUAGUAUCAUUUAGAAUUAACAAAAUGCUUACUAGUAGUAGUUCUAGUUCAUGGCACAAGAUAUCAUCACCAUCGAUGUGCUGCCGUUGUAGUCGCUCGGAUGCCAGAGGGAACGGGAAUAAAAUCCGUUGUGCUUCCGGGAAA